AUGAAGGACGAUAUCAUUUAUUUGGUCUUGCUGGCCUCGUGCAUCGGAUUUGGGCAGAUUUAUCGCAGGUUCACCGACCCGGAGCAGAAGAAACUGAUCGGUACCGGAUUCGGGCUGCUGGUGGUGCUAUCCGUCAGCGGCUUCCACAUGCUGCACAUGCUCUUCUGUUAUCUCGUGAGCGCACUGCUGAUAAUCUAUGCUAGCCGCAAAAUAUGUCAUCUGGUCUGUUUUGGGUUUAUGUUCGGGUAUCUGUUCUUCUUUCGGUCGUUGUCCCUUUUGGGCUACGAUUCGCCACCCGGGCAUACGAACAUGAUACAGAUGAUUCUGACGCUGAAGCUUGUGGGCUUGGCAUUCGAGGUGAACAAUGCGUACACCAAGGAAAAAACGGCCGAUGAAUCGAAAAAGGGAUCGAACGAGAACGACCACCAAGUGCAACCUGCAGCUGGACUGAAUGAUGCCGACCGUGCACUGCUAAAACUAGACAUGUUGGACAUAUUUCACUACAGCUUCAAUUACGUCGGCAUAUUGACGGGUCCAUACAUUACGUUCAAAACGUACCGGGAUGCAAUUUAUCUACCGUUCAGUGGGAAAGCGGAUUGCGCCGGGGCAACUAUUGAAAAGCUGAAGGUUAUUCCACUGUACGCCGGACUGUUUUUGCUUGUAUCGUACAUCUGGCCGCUAGGGUACGCCACGAGUGAGGAAUUUUACGCGGAGAGGUCUUUCUUCUACCGGCUGAUGUACGUGUGGCCAACGUUUUUCAUCUUCCGAAUGCGUAUCUAUACGGGUAUUAUGCUAAGCGAGUGUGUCUGCACGAUGGCCGGAGUUGGAGCUUACCCGAAGCUUUGCGCCAGUAAACCAGGCCAUGGUCCCAGCAAGGAAGAUUAUAGUGUCGACGUGUCGUCGUCGUCUCCGUUGGAAUACGAUUUCGAAACUGUACGCAACAUUGACGUGAUCAAUACGGAACGCUGCUGGACGUUCCGCGAAGCCAUGAAGUACUGGAACAUGUGCGUACAGUAUUGGAUGGCAAUGUACGUGUACAAGCGUUUCCCUAGCAAGAAAUAUCGUACGCUCGCCACGUUGGCCGUUUCCGCUAUCUGGCAUGGUGUGUACGCGGGAUAUUACUUCUGCAUAUGUGGAGCACCAUUUUAUCUUCCGAUAGAAGAUCUGUAUGUGAAGCUGUUCAUUAAGGACUCCACCGGACAGAAGCGCACGGUGCUGAAUGUGCUCUGUUGGAUUUCGAAGUUUUUCGCCUUCUCAUAUCUGGGCAUUGCGUUCCUGCUACUAACGGUGGACAAAAUAUGGUACUACUAUAGCUCCGUCAACCACUUUGGGUACAUUCUGUGGAUUGUACUGUACGGUGUGGGUGUACUGAUAGCAAAGCAGAGAAAAGUCAAAGCGAAAAAAGACGCAAAACUUCAACAGGAAGCUACCAAGCUGGAAUGA